AUGGCGGACUUGAACAUCCUGCUUUCCACGUAUCCCGAAAACGCCGUCCCGUUCACCAAUACACCUCAAGCCAGUAAACCGAAGCACUCUCGAACAAGUACACGAAAGGUGCGAACCGGAUGCAUCACUUGCAAGAAGCGCCACGUAAAAUGCGAUGAGGGCAAGCCUCACUGCAGCAAUUGCCUCCAGAAUCGGGGAUACUGCGAAGGCUACGCCCUCGAACCGAGAAAGAAUGCCGCUGCAAAACCCGGCCAGGUCGUCUGGGAUUCCAGGCAAGCCGUCCGCCAUGCCGCACACCCGAGGAUCCAGUUGAAAUUGGACCCUGAUGCUCUCGACUUCACCGACACAUCGAGCAUGCGCUACUUUGAAGAAUUCGUUAACCUGGCCAAAGCACCCUGGACCAAUGCAGCCGCCAGCAGCAGCUUGUGGGAAGUAACUCUCCCUCAGCUUGCACGCAACAGCAGUACCCUUCGAUCUGCCGCCAUGGCCAUCGGUGCACUCAGCGUGUGGCAUCGCCAAUCAGCCCAACGGAGCCUUCGCACAAUAUCCGUGCCCGAGAUGUCAACCAAUGAGAGCGACGAGCAUUACUUCAAUGCUGUCGCUCACUACUGCCAUUCCAUCAAGGAGCAGAGCCGCCAAGCAUCUCUUCAAGAUGCCAUCAUCUUGUCUGUCCUUUUGCUCUUGUUCGAGACGCUUAGGGAUAACAGAAAAGCCGCCCUGGAUCACGUUAAUCACGGUCUUUGUCUUAUGCUGUCUCUCGUCACAGACGAGAAUGCAGAACAUCAUAUCAGGAAGCUGGCCCCCAACCCCAAGCCUCUCCUGGCUGCCAUCGCCGACGUUUUCAACCACCUUGCAAAACAAGCCCGUACGGUGUUGCGCGACAGAGUGGGACAGGGGCCUCCCCUUCCAAACCUAACCAAGGUCUUAAGGAGUAGGAACCAUACGAUGGAAUCUUUCAUGAUUCUAUUGAGUCAAGUGCCCAGCUCGGACGUCGACAUCGACGAUAUACCCACGGUCUUCAAAAGCCUCGACGACUUUGAAGACAGCUGGAAUGCAGUUCAGCGUGCACAAACGGCAAUGAUCCCCAUCAUGGUGGAAUACUUGUACAACUCGGACGUAAUUCACUCACACGACGAAGAGGUCAUUUAUGGGUUCCAUGUCAAUCUCCUACAAAAUCCCCGUAUUGUGGAGUUCUCCGAGAAGUCAAACAAGACCAUGGAAGCACUUGACGCCGGAUUCCAGCCCCUUUUCAACAAGAUCAUCAUGUCGCACGAUGCCGACUCACCCCUCUACUUAAGAGCAAUUCAUCUGCGUCUACAGCACUUGGGCGUCUACACGUUUGACAACCCUCCAAUGUAUGUGAACAUUGACUUGGUGAAGGCACGAACACCCCUCUUCCGAGAAUAUCUAUCUGUUGCUUCCAUCGCUCUCCGCGCAGCCAAACGAGACGUCGAGAAAAACCCGGCCCAUCAAGUCUCUCUUCAGUGCAACAUCACAUGGCACUUGAUGGUUCUGUCCUUCUUCUGUCGCGAUCCGCUGGCGCGCGAUGAGGCCGUGGAGAUGCUGAAAGAUUACCCUGGUCAAGAUGGCUUGUGGAAAACACGAGCUCUGUACGCCAUUGCAGCGCGAAACCGCACGAUCGAAUGCAUGAAUGCCUCCGAAGGCACGCCUGAAGAACAGUGGCGACGGUUUUGGCGUCGCGAGUUCCUCUUCGAAGAGGGCGGAGACCGUGUCCUGCUCCGCUAUCUCGAGAAAGACGGUUUGCUUGGGACGUGGACGUUAGUGCAGGAGGCUGCCGUGGUCCGAGGGAAAGACGAAGACAUAGUAUGGACAAGGCAACCGGUGCAUGGGCGUGGCGGCCUGCUUAUGGCCGAAGUAUUCGGUGCCGAGCGUGCGGAAUUUGGAAAGAGGAGCGGCCAAGGCACCGACGUUUAG